UUCGUUUUUUCAUCACUGAAGUGAGUGUUCGGAUUCUGAUUCCGAUUCUGGGUCUGAUUCCCGUUUGUUUACCUUCUUAGCCUAUUUCUUGAUUGGCAGUUUUGGAUUUUGGGAAUCUUAGCUCUAGAUUUUCUCUCUCUCUCUCUUUUUUUUUAAUGUGUAUAGGUUCGGGUUGGCUUGACUUUUCUGUGUAAUGUAGAUUACUCAAGUUACGUAGGCCGUAUUGAUUUGUUUUAGUUGUUGGUUGGGAUGCCUCAUAGAUUAGAAUGGACUAUUCUUUAUUAUGUUUGUGGGGAUUGUUGGAAAGUAACUUACUGCAAAAGUUUCUUUCAGUGUACAGGGCUGAAGCCUUGUGCUGCUCACGAGUUUUUCUUCAUCGGUGAUCAGUCAAUUUUCAGAUUUUUCUGGUACCUUUUUGACAUUUAUUCCUUUCAUUGGAGGAGUGCGUAUUGGUAGAUAGCAAUCGGAAUGCAAAUUGUUUAGAAAUUUAGCUGCUGUACAUUUUGUUGAAGAUGAAGACAACUCAGGCAUGGUGUCCUAGUGAGAUGCAGAUUUUGCCAGGGCCUCGCCAUCGUACUCAUAUGAAAAAGCCGUUAUGGAUUAUCGUUUUGGUUUCCUUCAUCAUUGUCUUCCUUAUCUGUGCAUACAUGUAUCCACCCCAAACUAGUGGUGCCUGUUACAUUUUUUCUUCUGGAGGUUGUAAGGUCAUUACGGACUGGCUUCCACCUGCUCCUGCUAGAGAACUUACUGAUGAAGAGGUUUCUUCUCAUGUUGUUAUUCGAGAAAUUUUGAACUCACCGAUUAUACCUUCAAAAACUCCAAAGAUAGCAUUUAUGUUUUUGACUCCUGGGUCUUUGCCGUUUGAGAAGCUGUGGGACAAAUUUUUCAACGGUCAUGAAGACAAAUUCACUGUUUAUGUCCAUGCUUCUAAGGAGAAACCAACUCAUGUCAGCAGACACUUCUUGAAUCGGGAUAUUCAUAGUGGUCAGGUAGUGUGGGGUAAAAUUACCAUGGUUGAUGCGGAGAGAAGAUUGUUGGCAAAUGCUCUACAAGAACCAGAUAAUCACCAUUUUGUUUUACUUUCUGAUAGUUGUGUGCCUUUGUAUAGUUUUGACUAUAUCUACAAGUAUCUGAUGCAUUCAAAUACGAGUUUUGUUGACUGCUUUAAGGAUCCUGGUCCACAUGGAAAUGGCAGGUAUUCAGAGCACAUGUUACCGGAAGUGGAGGAGAAACACUUUAGAAAAGGUGCACAGUGGUUCACAAUGAAACGGCAGCAUGCUUUAAUAGUUUUGGCCGACAAUCUUUAUUACUCCAAAUUUCGCGAUUACUGCCGGCCAGGUUUAGAAGGGCACAAUUGCAUAGCUGACGAGCAUUACUUGCCAACGUUUUUCAAUAUGAUUGAUCCGACUGGAAUCGCAAAUUGGUCAGUAACACAUGUUGAUUGGUCUGAAAGAAAGUGGCAUCCAAAAUCGUAUAGAGCCGAGGAUAUUACCUAUGAGCUUUUGCAGAAUAUUACGUCGAUUGAUGUGAGUGUGCAUGUUACAAGUGACCAGAAGAAAGAAGUACAAAGGUGGCCUUGUUUGUGGAAUGGUUUACAACGGCCAUGUUACCUAUUUGCAAGAAAAUUUUAUCCCCAAGCUUUGGAUAAGUUGCUGUAUCUUUUCUCCAACUAUACAACAAUUUGAGUUAGGUUUUUAUGUUUACAUUUACUUUUGACGUUUCAAAUUCUUUUGCAACAUCAAUAACUCCACAGUUUUUUGUUCAAUCUGGUCUUUUAUUCAGUUAUAGGUUGUAAAUUCCUGACCUUGGGAAGGUUUGAAUAUGACCAACCAUCUUUCUUGUGUGCAUCGACCUGCUUGCCGAGUGUCUGGUGAUCUGAGAUUGAAGGAACUCACAUGUUGGUGUUGCUUCCUCGGGGAUGGGCAUAUUUUCUAUUUUUUACUUCAUAUUUUUAGUUUUUUUUCUCUUUCUUUAGAACAGAAGAACAGACGAUUUUGAAGGAAAAUAACUUCCUUAGAUCUUGUAGUAAUAUUUUGUAAACAUGUGGAUCUGAAUUUUGGCUUCUUGAAAAUAUAUAUUUUAAGUUUCAAAGUA